AUGUUGAGCCGGUGGAGCCGGGGGGCGGUUGGGGUUCCUGGGGCACGGGGCCGAGGGGCGAGGUCGGGCCCAGAGCGGGCCAUGAAACCCACCUCCCGUAGCCACGCUCUCGCCCUAGAUGGCUUCAGCUUGACCAGCGACGGAGGAAUGGAGAUAUACCUUCCACCGGCGAUGACUACUCAGUCCACCUCCGGCAACAACGGUAGCACCUGUUUCCACGUUGCGGGGAUCCCUUGCCUGAAGGACGCCUGGGGGCUGUGGGGGCUGUUUGGGGUCACUGCGCUGCUGUUUCUUCUCUCCCUGAUCGGCCAUUUAGCCCACUGGGCGAAGGACCGCAGUCAGGGCGCCCCCGACCCGGGAAGAGGCCGGGGCAUUGCGGAGGAGAUCCCGCUGUACGGGAACCUGCUGUAUCUGCAGACAGGGCGGCUGCCCAAGGAGCCUGAUUCCAACCUUCAGGAGCCCCAGGCGAACCGCAAAGAACGGGCCGGGGAAGAGCUCCUGUGCUACGCCAGCCUUCGGGAGCAGUCCUUGGCCGGCCCACCCCCUGCUCCGGCUCCCACUGCCGGCCCAUCGCCGGCUCCCGCCCUGCAGUAUUCGGACGUCGUGAUGGGGCCCACCCCGGAGCCGGCCACGGCCCCGCGGGUGUCCCCGGAGCCGGAACUCUAUGCCUCCGUGGAUUCCCAGAAGCGCUGCACCGCCUUCCCAGACCAGGAUUACGCCAACAGUCACUGUGGACUUCCCAGAGAGGGCUGAGGGCGGCUGGGCCCAGCCGGCCCACCUCACUGCCCGAACGCCCCGAUCCCCGGCUUUCCCGGCCCGGGACAGCUGGACGGCCGGAUCGCCGGGCCUGGACCGAUGGGGAGACUGUGGAGGGGAGAGAGACAACGGGGUGCGGGGCUCGGAG